AUGCUGCAAGGAAAUAAUAUCCCGGAGGCUCAGACGGGCAACGGAGUUAAAAGGCUAUGGCCGGCAUCCGCCGUCGCUCUCGCGGCGCGCCGAAUUCUCCCGCCGCGGCGUCGGCCAACUCAACACCUUCGCUCCUCCCGUCACUCCCAAGGCUCAGCCGCCGUCUUCUGGGUCCCGCCUUACUUCUAUAGCGACUACAUAAUGGCCCCUUCCGCAACCGUUACCGUUGUGCGGUAUACCGCGCUCGCCACCGGCAUUCUCUACGGAUUCGUGCACAACCGAACUGUACAAAAGCAGCACGCGGAGCACCAGGCGCACCACAAGCAGCACCACCAGGAGGAGUUGCUGGCCAAGGCGAAGGAGGCGUGGAAACAGAAGCAGGCGGCGAGCGCAACGGCAGACGACACCGUGACGGACCCGGAAGACCCGCGAUUCGACCUGGAGAAGGUCAUCGCCAAGUACGAGACGUCGUCGUAA